AUGGUCUGGUCACACAUUCUUGACGAGCAGGAGGAUGUUCCUAGUCAAGCUCCACAGCCCGAAGAUUUUUCCAGCUGGGGUAUGAUAAAGAACCUUAAUAACAAAGAGACUGGAACUUGGCCACAAGCAGUUUCUGAGAUUCCAUUUGGCGGUCUUGUGCCACAGACAACAAAGGAAAUCCGGGAAGCUGUGCGGUUCACUAUAUCCGGCUUGCCGACCAUUUUUGACAAUCCUCACUAUGAAGGAAACAAGUGCGACAAUUGGCUUAACGAGUUGGAGAUGCUUAUUAAUGAAUGCCACCAACAAAGGAGUGAAUCAAAUUUGUUCGGUAAUUAUGUUAAGCGAAGGGCUGGAGACUUCCCGGACGAAGGCAGCAACUACACUUUUAACUGUUAUGACACUCGAGAUACUGCUGCUGUUUUCGGACGGUAUAUGACUCUCAUUGAGCAUCUUAUUGCCAUAUGCUGUCCAAACGAGUCUCUUAAAGAUAUGCGCAAUGUAGUCUCAGCGUACAUUAAAGAGAGCUACAUGACUGCAGUCCGGAAAAAGCGACAGGACGAUGAAGAAAGUGACCAGUGGUCUCAGUGUCCCCAAUGCCUCGGACAGACUGUCAAGGAUGUCAAGAAAGCCUAUCGAGCCUCUAGAGCAAUUGAUCGGGACCAGAUUGCCAGAAUUAUAUGCUGCAUUAUUGCAGCUUUGGCAGAAAAUGUUAAAGUCAUACGGCUACAUUUGCGAAGGUCACCAGGAAUGGCCUCAGAUGACAAUACAUCUUAUAUGGAGGAUCUACCCCCUUUCCUGGCAUUAUCAUGA